CUCCACUGUUACUGUACAUAACUAUAUAGUUGAGGAAGGAAUUUGACAAGUGAUUGUUAAUUUAAGAAAUUUUUGGACAAGCACUCACUUAUGUAUUGCUGCAGUACACAAGAAAGCAAAAUGGACUAUAAGCGGCGCUUUUUGCUUGGCAGUUCCAAACAAAAAGGACAGCAACAGCAGCAGUAUCAAAUGCCUGAGCUAGGCAGGACCCUGAGUGCACCACUGGCAUCUACAUCUCCAGCAUCCCCUUUGGUGUCUUCAGCUGCUGCAGGCAGCUGCAGCCACACUGUGUCCCAUAUGACUCCGAUUGCAGACAUCCAGCAGGGAAUCUCCAAAUACCUGGAUGCACUCAAUGUGUUUUGCCAUACAAGCACUUUCCUUACAGACCUCUUCAGCAGUGUAUUUAAGAACUCACAGUAUUCUAAGGCAGCUAUGAAACUGAAAGAUGUGCAGGAACAUGUUAUGGAAGCAGCGAGUCAACUCACGGCAACAAUAAAACCAGAAAUAGCAAAAAUGCUGAUGGAACUGAGUGCAGGAGCUGCAAACUUUAAAGAUCAGAAAGAGUUCAGCCUACAGGACAUUGAGGUACUUGGGCGAUGUUUCUUGACGGUGAUGCAGGUCCACUUUCAGUUCCUGUCACAAGCUGUGCAGAAAGUCCAGCCAGUGGCACACUCGUGCUUUGCUGAAGCUGUAGCCCAGGAGAAAAAGAAUGUUAGUGGAGCCAGAACCUCAAGUUUAAGCCCCACAAAUGAGCUAGAAGAUGCAAUAAGAUCAUGGAGAGGAGCAGCAGAGGCAACAUCUCAACUACGAGAAAGAGGCUGUGAUGGAUGUUUGGCAGGAAUUCAAGUCCAGCAACUUUUCUGCUCACAGAGUGUGGCAGUCCCUGAACAUCAGCUCAAAGUACUAAACAUGAAAAUUGACAGUGCUUUGCAGGCUUACAAAGUGGCUUUGGAGAGUUUAGGCCAUUGUGAAUAUGCGCUGAAGGCUGGCUUCCACUUGAACCCAAAAGCUAUUGAAGCAAGUCUUCAGGGUUGUUGCAGUGAAGCUGAAGCCCAGCAAACAGGAAGGAGACAGACUCUUCCUCAGCCCAUUCAGUCUGAACUGCCCACUGUUCCUGUUCAAAUAGGAUCACAUUUUCUGAAAGGAAUAUCCUUUAAUGAGUCUGCAUCAGAAAACCUAAAGCUGAAAACGUACACGAUGCUGCAGUUGAUUAAGGAAGCCAGAUGCCACAAUGGACUUACACCAUGGGAUGACGCUUCUGUUACUGAAGUACUAAAUCAGGUUUGCCCUUCCACUUGGCGAGGAGCCUGCAAAACUGCCGUACAGUUGUUGUUUGGCCAAGCUGGACUGGUGGUUGUGGACACAGCACAGAUUGAAAAUAAAGAAACUUAUGCUCCUCAGAUAAGUUUAGAAGGAUCCAGAAUUGUGGUGCAAGUUCCAUCAACUUGGUGUCUGAAAGAAGAUCCAGCAACAAUGUCUCUGCUACAGAGGAGUCUGGAUCCAGAGAAGACUUUGGGGCUAGUAGAUGUGCUCUACACUGCUGUGUUCGACAUACACAGGUGGAAGGAAGGAAGGGAGCAAGCUUUGCCUUGUAUUCAGAUCCAGUUGCAGCGUGAAAUCUUAGGCUUUGGGAAUCAAGUUGACACACCUUCUGGAAAUGGAAGCAAAUCUUCAGGUGGUCUGCAAAAGACGUUCUCAAAACUGACUUCACGGUUUACAAAAAAAACUUCCUGCGCCAAUACAAGUAAUACUGGAAGUUACUCAAUCCCCAAUACACCCUCCAAAAAUGUCUUCAUAAGUCUCAACAUGGAGGAGAAAGCUAAAAUGCUUACUAACAUAGACACACAGUUACAAAGCAUCUUGAAUACUGGUAAUUUCCCUAGGACUGCAGAUCCACUGCAGUCAGUUCAGAACACAAAUAACCAGUUAGUGAAUGGGUGUCUAGUUCAAAGACGGGACAACUUCUUCAAACUGGAUGACAGCAAGGAUGACAAAGUUAUGAAUUUACCAACUGACCAAGAAAUGCAGGAUGUUAUAGAUUUCUUGUCUGGUUUUAACAUGGGUAAAUCCCAGCAGAAUUUUCCGAUGGUGAAAAGAAGGAACUCUGCAUCCUCUACAGCAACAGAACAAAAAUCAGGAACAGCACAACAGCAAUCACAGUCUGUUUCUCAUGCACCACUGCAUCCUUCCCAACAAGGCUUGUCACAGCAACAACAAUCACAAAAGCAGCAGCAGCAAAUGCAGUAUUACCAACACUUGCUUCAGCCUAUUGGACAACAGCAACAUGUACCUGCAAAAUGGUUAACUAAUUCUUUGCAGCAGCCAGCCCAAGCUGUUGGAGCUGGAUUGUCUCAUAUACACCAGUGGAACAAUCCUGAUUUUUCAGAUUUAAGCUCUGAUUUGUACAGCUUGGGUCUUGUGAGCAGCUAUAUGGACAAUAUGAUGUCAGAGAUGUUAGGACAGAAACCACAAGGACCUAGAAAUAACACAUGGCCAAAUCGUGACCAAACUGAUGGAGUGUUUGGGAUGUUGGGAGAAAUCCCGCCUUUUGACCCUGCAGUUGGCUCUGAUGCAGAAUUUGCCUGCUAUGUUGCUGGGGUCAAGCAGGCUAUGCAACAGAAAAGGCAAGCACAGCAUGUCCAUCGCCCAAGCAACACACAUAACAACUGGCCUCUCCCUGAUGAUCCUCAUAAAAUCUGGCCUGUUACAGAGUAUUUCACAGAAGGUGAUGUGACAAAUAGCUGGCCUGGUACUCAAGGAGACUCUGCCAGCUCAAAUGAUGAGACCUCCUCAGCUAAUGGAGACAGUUUAUUCUCCAUGUUCUCAGGGCCAGACCUUGUUGCUGCUGUGAAGCAGAGAAGAAAACACAGUAGUGGCGAACAGGUACCUAGUGCACUACCAUCACCAGCUCUUCUUUCUGCAGCAGAUGACUGUAAUCAGGAUAAGAAGACCAAGACCUGGCCUCCCAAGGCACCCUGGCAACAUCCAUCCUCUGUCAUGAACACCCUACCCAGUCAGAAUACACCUUUGUAUUCCAUGAGCAGCCCUAUCAGCCAGUGGAGCGACGCGAUGCAGAUCCUGCAGUCACCCAUGUGGGCAUCAGCCAAUGACUGCACUCCAGCAGCAGGGCUUUCCUCUAACUUUGCUUAUGUGCAGCAGCAGCAGCAAAAACAGAUGAAUAAGGGCUUUAAAACUUUCCCAGUGAAGCACGAACACAGACCAUCAUCUUACCUGCAUCAGUACUGACUGCUUCUCACGUUGGGAAAUGCAGCACAGUGCCAAACAUAAAUUACCUGUACUUUGUUUCACAAUUGUGUAUUGGUUAUAUCCUGUUUAUCUCAUUAAAUAUGGAACUGAGGGGGUUUGGGCGAGAUAUGCAAAGUCUUGAAUUCUGAUUUACAGUGCUGAGCAAAUAUAACCAAUAUGUUUGAUAUACAUGAAGCAGCCCAAAACUGUGAUGUAGAAAUGCUUUUAAAAAUAUGUAUAUUGCCUUUGCCUUUACUUUCAAAAGUUGGUGGGUUUUUUUUUGUUUGGGGUUUUUUUUUUGUUUGUUUGGGUUUUUUUUAAGAAGUGCUGAAGGACUACCAUACAGGAAAGAAUAUAUUUUAUAACUAUUUUUCAUACAGAUUUAUAAUUAAGCACCUUACUGAAACACAUUGAAUAUGUUGAAGCAAAUAUAUAAUGGUAACUUUGUUCAACACUGUUUAAAUUUAUAAUGGCCAAGCUGUAAAGCCUUUGUAUUCUCCAUAAACGGUUGUUGGCAACUCUUUUUAAGUAAAGUGCAGCAGUAGCUUUUUGUAUGCUGCACAAGUGUGUUCAUGGUGCGCCUGUUGCAGAAAGAGUUCCAAAAUUGAGUUUUGUGAUAGUUUCUUUACUCUAAGUAAAGAUCAGCAACAGAACCACUCAGCUUGUGUCACAAAUGUUACCUGAGCUUAAAGUAGAUGGCAUCUGUGUGGAUAAUAAGACAGUGGUUUUCGAGCAAAUAGUUUCUUACUGCCUUGUUUGGCCAAAGGCAUAUCCACACCGUGCUUGUUAAGUGUGUGAAAGUAUAGCCAAAAAGACUACUUGAAUAUGUUUAAAGUCUUUAUUUCAGGUGCUACAGUUGAUUAAAAAUUGUGAGCAGGCUCAGAAGAUUAAGUACUGAAAUGUGGGGUAGCAGUUAGUUAAAAUAACAUUUAAAAAUUUUUUUUUUAUUUUAAUUUUCCUUUUAAGAAUAAAGUAAUUAUUUGCAGUCAAUGUGUGCCAUUAAGUGAACCUGUGGAAUUAGAAAUAAUCUUCCAACCAAAGUGGAUCUGGAAGAGUGGUACCUAAAAAUUGAAGGACAGUGGUAAAUGUAUGUAUAGCUAUCCCACUGUAUAUUAAUUGAGAUUACAGAAGACUUUAUAUAGUUAGAGCUUAUUUAAAUUUUCAUAUUUCAUUUUUGAAAGACUCUAAAGCCCACACUAUUUUCUGGUAUAAGACUUUUGACAGUAAUAAUCUUAUUUUUGUGUUUUUCUUAAGUCAUAUUCUAAUAUGUUAACUACUAGUACAACAGGUUAUUAUUUCUAACAACAUAAUUUUUCAAUGAACAUAAAGCAUAUUUUUUGGUUUUGGUUUUACAAACUAAGUACAUCUAUAUCUAAAGAUACCAGAAAACUAAAUACAUUAUAUAUAUAUAUAUAUGUAAAAAGUGUACACAACACUAAAGCUAGUAAACAAACGUGGGUAUUUAAAACCCAUCCAUCUUGUUUGCUUGUUUGGUGAUGGGCUAUAUUUGCAGGCUCAGAUUGUUACCUUUUGUGCUGUUUGAGGAUGCCAAUGUUGCCUGUAUUUAUACUGUCACCAUGUUUUCUGAAACUUCAUACUUACUAUGUUUAAAAAUAUUCAUUUUCUGUACAUAGACUUUUUACAGCAAUGUGCUUCGCACAGUGUGGCUUCUGUCUGUAAAUUGUUUAUGGUCUGUACUACUAUGAUUUUGAAAACCCUCUGCUGAAAAUGUUAGUGGUUAUUUAACUUGAUGAAUGGUUUUGAGUUUCUUAAACUUUGUCAUUUAGAGCUAAUAUUAAAGCCUAAAUUUGGUUGUACUUACUGGUUAUUCAUACUAAGAUCAAAAUGGAAAUUAAUAAAAACUUAAUUUUGAACUUU